AUGAUGAUGAACCUUCUAGUAGUUUGUCUUGCUUUUCUUGCUGGCAAUUUCCGAUUUGUAGCAUGUCAACAAAUGAACUAUAGUUGUGCUGUAAAACAAUCUCAAGUCAAUACAGCGGAAAAAUUAUCGCAACUAAGGGCUCGAAUGAGAAGUCUUAGUUUAUAUGCAUACGUUAUCUUCUUCGAAGAUGAACAUCAAAGUGAAUAUGUGCAACAGUAUGACACACGACAAGCAUGGAUAACCGGAUUCUUGGGCUCGACCGGCUCUGCUGUUGUUACACUUGAUCAGGCUGCACUGUGGAUCGAUAAUCGAUAUCGAACACAAGCUGAAAACGAACUCGAUUGUGCCAACUGGCUUCUCAUGCGACAAGAUGAACCAGGUGUACCAACACUCGGUGACUGGAUUGCCAGUCAGUUGAAAGCCACAUCAUCUUACAAUAACGUGGGCGUUGCUGCUCAAUUCACUUCGUCGGACUAUUGGUCGUCGAUGGAACAUGUCGCAGCUCUACAAAGUGUACCUUUAGUCAAAGUGGCUGAAUUAAUCGAUCCAAUUCGGAUAGCCGAUCGAUCAAUGACUUCGAGCAAUCCAGUUUUUGUUCAUAAUAUAAUGUUCGCUGGCAUAAGUUGGGAAAAGAAAGUGGAAAUCAUCGCUGAGCUAAUCAAUACCGAAUCAACGGAUGGACUGUUAGUAACAGCACUCGACGAAAUUGCUUGGCUAUUCAACGUACGCGGUUCCGAUAUUCCAUACAGUCCAUUUUUCAAAGCUUACGCAUUUGUGCAUGCCAAUCAAACGACUCGCCUCUGGAUGAAUGAAUCUCAAUUGACGUCCGAUGCGAGAACACAAUUAAGAAAUGUCAUCAUUCAGCCUUAUGAGGAAUUUUUAACCGAUCUGUAUAAAUUAGCUAAUAAUAGUGAUAUGAAUAGGAUAUGGAUAACUCCAUCUGUAUCACAAGCAAUUUCGGAUAGCAUACCCACUAAUAAGCGUCUGAUUGCAGGUUCACCGGUGGCACGUACAAAAGCCGUCAAAAAUCCGACUGAACAAAAAGGCAUGCGUGACUGUAGUGUUCGUGAUAGUAUAGCACGUGUACGUCAUUUGGCGUGGCUAGAAAAUGAGAUAAAAAACAAUCAUCAAGUCAACGAAACACAAGCAGCAGAACGAUUGGAAUAUUAUCAAUCACUAGAAGCUCACUUCAAAGAAAUCAGUUUUCCCACCAUUUCGGCAGUCGGUGCCCAUGCUGCCACUAUUCAUUUUGAGCCCGAUGCUGAAACAGCAGCUGAGAUUACUAGAGAUAAAGUGUAUCUACUAGAUGCUGGUGCACAGUAUCUGGACGGUACAACAGAUGUCACCCGAACGCAUACAUUUGGAACACCGACGGCGGAAGAGAAGAAAGCAUACACACUAGUUCUACAAGGAUCCAUUGAUCUAGCCGAUGCCGUUUUUCCUGUUGGAACCUAUGGUCGACAGCUGGAUAUUCUAGCUCGACAAUCUCUUUAUAAAAACUUUAUGGAUUAUGCUCAUAGUACCGGGCAUGGCAUAGAUCUGUCACAAUCGAAAGCAAUAAGAUUUGCUAUUCUUACACCAUAUCAUACUGAAUAUCAACCAAUGUGA